AUGGAAAACGAUAAGGGAGAACUCGUUGACCUUUACGUCCCCCGCAAGUGCAGCGCAACCAACAGAAUCAUCAAGGCGAAGGACCACGCAUCCGUGCAAAUCUCAGUUGGCAAAGUCGAUGAGAACGGCCGAUUCACCGGAGAGAGUCAAGUCUACGCACUUUGCGGCUUCGUCCGAGCGAUGGGCGAGAGCGACGAUUCGUUGAACCGAUUGGCACAACGGGAUGGUCUGCUGAAAAAUGUGUGGAGCGGAAGCCUUCAGCGAUAA